CUUCACUAUCUUAUUAAUUUCUCAUAUAAUCACAUCUUUAUCACCUUUUUUCUUCAAUGGCAAGCAAUCAAUCAUCUUCUCUUAACAACAUCAGAUUUCCUAUUACUGUUACUAACAAUAAUAGUAAUGACGUUGAAGUACUAGAGCCAGAGGCCAAUAGUAAAGACGACACAUUCGACUACUCGAAAAGAGCACAAUGGCUUCGAGCAGCACUUCUCGGCGCAAACGACGGAUUAAUCUCCAUUGCAUCGCUGAUGAUGGGAGUUGGUUCCGUCAAACAAGACAUUGAAGCCAUGAUUUUAACAGGCUUUGCUGGUUUAGCAGCCGGUGCUUGUAGUAUGGCGAUUGGUGAAUUCGUGUCUGUGUAUUCGCAGUUGGAUAUCGAGUUAGCUCAAAAGAAGAGACAACAUAAAAACAGAAACGGAAACAGAAACGGAAAUAAAGAAGGGGAGAAAGAGAAUUUAGCAAACCCAUGGCAAGCAGCGGCUGCGUCAGCUCUUGCAUUUGCAGUGGGUGCAAUUGUGCCAUUGCUGGCUGCUGCUUUCAUAAGAAAUUAUAAAGUGAGACUUGCUGUUGUAGUUGGAGCUGUGAGCUUGGCUCUAAUGGCGUUUGGAUGGUUUGGUGCCGUGUUGGGCAAGGCACCGGUCAUAAGGUCUUCAGCUAGGGUUUUAGUUGGAGGUUUGAUGGCUAUGGGUAUAACCUUUGGUCUAACCAAAUUGAUUGGAUCAACUGCUCUCUGAUUUUAUCAAUUUGGAUGACCGGAACUGGUAGCUUGUGUAUGGGCUGUUGUAUAUGCAUGAAAAUACUGUACAAGAAGCCAAUGAAUAGUAAUGCUUAAUUAUUUUAUGAAAAAUAUUGUAUGAACUAUAAUAUAUAUGUACCCACAUGAAAUUAUAAAUCCUGC